UUCAAUCAUCAUGUCGUAUUGCUCAACAACUGCCACCUCAACAUAUACCCUACAAAAAUAUUCUAGGUCAUACCCAAACCCAAGCCAAAGCGCUUCUAAUGAAUGGCAACACUUCACCAACCCACUCAUACGACUCAUUCUCGACGUCCAAAAAUCUGCCUCGGACAAGCUGGAGUCUGUCAGGCUUCGCAUAAUAUGGUCUAUCGAGGGUGGUACCGGCCCCAAUAGCACGAAUGAAGUUGUAUUUGAGGACCUCGACCUGUUAUCGUUUUCCUCGAUUCCUUUGCGCAACAGGUCCGAGAGGACCCAACAACCCGAAGGACUCCCUCUAAAGGCUGUAUAUCGCGAUACAAUUGUUGGCAUACGGUACUUACAUCCAUUGGAUGGCUCAACUUACCGAAGAUUCCAAGUGACGUUCUCGUCCUCCUCUGCUGUAUCACAGUUCAUACAAUCCAUUGAGGCGAUCUGUCCAUGCAAAGCUAACAACAAUCCAACAACGAUGCCGUCGAUCGCGCAAUCCCAGGCCCAAUCAUCUUUUGUUGCGUCAAAACCUCCAGCAAGCCAGGCUCCUAUUCUUCCUGAAUCUUCGCUGCAAAUUCCUAACCGUGCUCAAACAAUGCUCCGUUCCAAACCAUCCUUCUUUAUUCCACCCAACAUACCACAAUCAAGUUCCGGAUUACCUGCUUUCCUACCUCCGUUUCACCCAACUUAUCAACCAAACUUUCUUCGAAGUCAUCUUCCUACAGGUGCUCAUCUUCUACCUGAACAGUUAUCUCUGCAAUCGCGUCUCUCAAUGCCUCGAGCCGUACCCAUGUUUGCCCCGCAUUGGUCUAGCCUACCUCCAAGCUCUAAUCCGUCGUCAACGCCCCCCUCCGAGAGUUCCUCGUCUCCAAAUCUUGGCUCUAACCCAUCUCAGGCGUGCGCUAACCCUCCUCCAGGCUCAGGAACCCCGUCCGAAAUGGCGUCUUCCCAAACUCUCGGCUCAACUCCUUCUCAGUCGAACAUGCCACCACCCCUUCCUCCACCCUCAAUGGAACCGCUCCUUGCGUCGCUUCGUGAAGGUACCAGAUUGUAUGAUCUUCCACCACAUAAAUUAGAAGCUCUAGUUGCGGAAGUCAUUCGAGAAGACGGGUUUGUUGGUUUGAUGGAAAAUAUAUCGACGAUGUGGCGAUUGAAGGGGUAUCUCGGACAAUGAUAUACGAC